AUAUCAAGUGUAGUUUUCAAAUAUAAAUCAAUAAUGGCUCUAUACAGUACUUAUUACAUGAAGAUACUUUAAGCUAUCUUGAUAUAGCUUUAUUGACCUGAUAAAAACAUAUGAAUGGGUAUACAGAUAGUUCUGUUCAGACUCAAAAUAUGACUCAAUCAAAUAAUUUCGCAUCGCCUAAUAAGAGAGAAAGAACAGUGAAUAGUAAUCCUCACUCUUUUUCUCUCUCACCAAAUAUAUCACCAAGAACUAUCGAGCAUCCCAGUCAAACUUCUUCGCCAACAAAUCUAAUGAAUAGUCUUCCCAACGUAGUAGAAACCGCAACUGUGCCAAACUUCCAAUAUAAACCAACAUGCAUCAUACGUGAAACACAUAGCCAAUCUGUUUUCGGUGUUGCGUUUAAUUCAAUCAAUCGAAGUCAACCAACUGAUCCUCUUCUUUUUGCUACAGUUGCUAGUCACUAUGUUACAGUUUAUCAAUGUAGUCUGAAGAAUGAUCUGGAAGAUAAAUCUACUCAGAGCUCUGAUAUGUCAUCUGUUUGUCUACUCCAAUCCUUUGCCGAUCCUGCUGGAGAUAAAGAAGAGUUUUAUUGUUGUGCUUGGUCGCGUGAUACAAGUGGUAAUGUAGCAUCUAGUUGGUGGACUGAUUGCUGUGAAAGUCGUCGACCACGUCCAACUCUUCAUCCUCAUCAAGGUCCUAUCAGCUCUUCCAGUGGAUCACUUCUACCCGCUCAUCAGCAAGUAGUAGCUGCUGCAGGUAAACGUGGUGUAAUUCGAAUCCUCUGUCCUAGUAUGGCUAGUUGUCCUGCUAGUCUUGUUGGUCACGGAUCGUCUAUUAAUGAACUAAGAUUUCACCCAAGAGACCCUGCUCUACUAUUUUCUUUUAGUAAAGAUUAUACCAUUCGUCUAUGGAAUAUAGCUAGUCACGUGCUCGUAUGUAUUUUCGGUGGAGCUGAAGGUCACCGAGCUGAAGUUCUACAUGGUGACCUAUCCCUUACAGGUGAUCUUCUGCUAUCUGCUGGCAUGGAUCAUUGUGUGAAAAUUUGGCGGCUUAAUACUCCUGAAUUAGCCAAUGCGGUAAUAGAUUCAUUUAAUUACCGCUCACGUUCGAAUCCUAAUUCCCGUGAUGUACAUGGUAAUUAUGUGGACUGUGCCCGUUGGUUUGGCUCUUUAGUCAUAUCAAAAUCGUGUGAAAACAGUGUUACACUCUGGAAGCCUGGCGGACUAGAUGAUUCCUCAGCAAAUAUACCUAGUUUAACCAAUGGGUCUCCAAGUAAUACCUCAACAGAUGUUGGCGGUCUGCGUUUGCCGAGUCGGAUGCAGCAUAUUGGCUCAUACACAGGUCCUGAAUCGCCUAUCCCCCCAGCACCUGGUGUCCCAACGGAACACAAGACAAGCAUUAUUCAUCAGUUAAAAGCUACUGACUGUAACUUAUGGUAUAUUCGUUUUGAUAUAGAUUUAAAGAAUCAUGUUCUGGCUUUGGGUACAGGAACUGGGCCAUCACGUGUCUAUUUGUGGGACUUAAAAUAUCCUGAAAAUGCUCUUAAUCUCCCAGCUCAAGUACUUCAUUUUCCUACAGUUAGUGGAGUUGGUCCCGGUGGUAUGCCUUUAAGUCACAGUGCCAUUAGACAAACUCGUUUUGCUAACGAUGGAGAUAUUCUUUUGUGUGUAGGUGAUAAUGGACUAAUUGUUAGAUUUGAUAAAAUCUAAACCACUUUUGUAUAUUUAUGAUUAAAACUAAUUAAAUAUCUGAAAAGUUGUUUUAUAUUCAUGGUAAUGAAAGACAGUGUCACUUCAAAUAUCGAUAAAACAUGGAACUGACAAAGUUAUCUGAAUGUUUGGUUAGGAUUGAGAAAUGAGUGAUAAUUCCUUCAUUCUGUUGCAUGUAAAAGGUCAGUAGUGUGGUUAUAGUUAAACAAAUAAACACAAUCAGUCAGUCAUAUUAAGAAAUUUUCGUACAUUAUAUUUGAAUAAACUGUACUAUUUAAUCGGAUUCCAGCUGCUCUCACUUUAUCCCUGGUUAAUUAGUUGGAUGGAUUCCAUAAAAACUUACCAAA